AAAGGAUUGUGAAAGCAGGCAAAGACCAUACAAACAGAAAUGGCUAGGAACUAUCACGUAUAUCUGCUGGAACUGAUGAUUCUGGGAUUAUUUCUCACAGAUACCAGCGGAGCGACAGAUGUCCAUUUGAUUGUGAGUGAUGGUGAAAAUGUCACUUUGUCUUGUAACAAAACUCUUUCUGACUGCACAUCAACUUCAUGGAUAUAUUAUAAAGAAAGUCCUUCAAAUGCCGUUGCACUGUUUGAUGAAAAUCUCAAGAUGAUUGAUAAUGAAAGACUGAGUCUGGGACCUAAAUGCUCUCUGAACAUCUAUAAUGUCACAAAAGAAGAUGCUGGGUUUUACAUCUGUCGCCCACAAAUGGAGAAAUCUCCAUUUACUGAUGCCAAUGUUUAUCUGCAUGUUCUUCAAGUAUCUCCACUAUCUGAGAUCGAACCAGGCAGCUCUGUCACUCUCUCCUGUCACGUGUAUUCAUAUGAUAACUAUUUUUGUAAGAGUUUGUUUAUUAUUGAGGGGAUGCAACUGAUGUGGAUAAAUGGGGCUGGUGUUAAUCUACAAUCAGACUCCAGAUAUCAGAUCUCAUCUUCAACAGAACACUGUAACAGCAGUCUGACUACAACACUCCUGAAUGAAGACAACAACAGAGAGUUGAGAUGUCAGAUUAUAACAGGAACCUCAAAAGUUGAGACCUCAGCCGUAUACACUGUCAGGAAUUUGGGAAAUUCACCCAGCAUUAAGAAUGAGAUUGGAUCAAUAAUAAGAGUGAUUAUUUUUAUUGUUGAGGUUGCAGUACUGACAGCACCUACUGUUAUUCUUCUCUUGAUCAUCUGUGAAAGGAGAUCUGGUAAAAGAAGAGCUCAAAGCACAAGACUGAGUUAUGUGAAUUGCUCAGAAUCAGUUGUAAUAAAUGAUUGUUGAUAUAAAAAUUAUAAACAUGAUGCAAGGAAUAUUGAUUAUAUGUAGUGAUAUAAAAUAAAGCCUCAAAUCAAAGUUGAGGAACUUGUUCAUCUUAUCUUCUCAAUCAUAUUGCCACAUUGUUAACAUCUGUUUUUUAGACUUCUCCAAUUACAAUUCAGAUUUUCUUUCUUCAUGCAAUUUUAAGAAUUUUAAGUCAUCAAACCAUACAUUUAUUCAUUUAAUUAUAAUUUUGAAUAAUAAUAUAAUAAUAAAAUAAUAUAAAACAACAACAACAUCAAUAAUAGCAUAUUAUUUAUGGUUAUAUUAUUAAUAGUAACAAUAAUAUAAUAUUAAUAAUAAUCAGAAUAAUAAUAUAUAAUAAUAUUGCUAUUAUUAUAAUUAUAAUUAUAGCACCUUCAGAGCACGCAGAGCAAAUGGAUAUUAUUUAUCUUGACUAGAGAUGAGUUGUAAUAACUUAUAAAAUAUAGUUGAAAAAAGUCAACUUCAUUUUGUAAGUUGUAGCAACUGAUCUCUUGUAAAUAUCCUGUAAAUAAUAGUAAGUUGAAAUGACUUGUAAAUCUGAGUUAAUUAAACAAAAACAUUUAAGGCAUGUCUAAUGUCUACUAAUGUACUUUGUUGAUUCUGAUAGAUUGGAUUAAAAACAUACAUUUGUGUUUUAUUUCAUUAAUCUAUUUAAUGUAUUACAUACUUUUAUUUAUCAUUAAUUCAAUUAUAUAUAUAUGUAACUGUAAUUAAUUUUAAUUACUUUAUAUGUUGAUUUAUUUUAUCAUUCUUAUUUGUAUUACUUUUACUUUCCUAAGAAAAUUACUUUCCAUGCAGCCAUUAUUGUCAAAUUAGCUGGCAAAAAGUGAGUACACCCCAAGUGAUUAUUGAUGUAUAUUAGUGUUUAAUCAUGCAAAGCCACAUGUCCUAUUAAUCAUAUUCAUGUUUUUGUUUGCUUAAAGGCUGUGUUGCAGGGUUAAUUUUUCAACAAAUUUGUGCAAUUUGCUUGUUGAUAAUAAACAUUUAACUGUUAUCCAUUGUAUUUUAUGUUGUUGGGUAUCACAA